AUGGCGAAGCCUCGCCAAAAAAAGAGGACGCACGUCGGUGCUUCGAACCCCCAGAAGCCCGUCGAUGCCAAGGUGCCUAGGUCAAUGGUCAUCCGUAUCGGCGCAGGUCAGGUUGGCAGCAGUGUUUCGCAGCUUGCCACGGAUGUCAGACGUGUACUCGAACCAAACACUGCCUCUCGGCUGAAGGAACGCAGAGCCAACCACUUAAAGGACUAUGUUACUAUGGCAGGUCCCUUGGGCGUGUCCCAUUUCCUUUUGUUCUCUAGAUCCGAAGCUGGCAACGUCAAUCUCAGAGUCGCCCUAACCCCGAGAGGCCCAACAUUCAACUUCCGAGUCGACAAGUAUUCCUUGGCUAAGGAUGUUCAAAAGGCUCAACGGAGGCCCAAAGGCAGUGCGAAAGAGCAGCUUGCUCCGCCCUUGUUGGUCAUGAACAACUUUCACUCCCCCGAUUCCGACGCAAAGUCAAAGGUCCCUAAGCACCUCGAGUCUCUCGCAACCUCGGUCUUCCAAUCUCUUUUCCCGCCCAUCAACCCGAACCAAACUCCCCUCAAGAACAUCCGCCGAGUCCUACUCCUCAACAGAGAGCUGUCGCCUGAGAAUGAUGGGUCUUUCAUUCUCAACUUUAGGCACUACGCUAUCACAACGCGAGCUACAGGCAUCUCGAGACCUCUCAGAAGACUCGAUCGGGCAGAGAAGCUGCUGGCUUCGAAGGUUGGCAAGAAGGGCGGCGUACCGAACCUAGGCAAGCUUGAAGAUAUUGCCGACUUCAUGAUUGGUGGUGAGGAUGGAGAGGGAUACAUGACGGAUGCUACCAGUGGUAGCGAGAUUGACACGGACGCGGAGAUCGAGGUUCUGGAGCCGGCAGCUAAGAAGAUUUCUAAACAACGCGCUGCCCCUGUUGAAGACGAUGCUGCGGACGAUGCCGAGGGUGUCGAGAAGCGCGCCGUCAAGCUGGUUGAGCUUGGUCCGCGCAUGCGUCUGCGUUUGACCAAGGUCGAGGAAGGCUUAUGCUCAGGCAAAGUCAUGUGGCACGAGUACGUUCACAAGACAAAGGAAGAGAUCCGGGAGCUGGAGAAGCGAUGGGAGAAGAGGCAACAGGAGAAGGAGGCCAGGCGGAAGCAACAGAAAGAGAAUGUCGAGAAGAAGCGGAAGGCUAAGGCCGAGCGUGGCGACACAGCUGGGGAUGAAAGUGAUGUGGAUAUGGACGACUACGACGAGUUUGACAGUGAGGGCCUAGCGGGCGAUGCGGAAUACCAAGUCAAUGAGGAGAUGGAAGAUGCUGGUGAGUGGGAGGACGAGGAGGAAGAGAUUGCGAACGAAUGA